AACCAACAGUUGAUGUUAGAAAUGGCUUCGUUAUCCGUUGAGGUUAUGAAUCGGUGUGUGCCAAUUAUUGUGAUUCUUGGUGGUACGGGAACAGGAAAAUCGAAAUUGGGAAUACAAAUUGCUAAAAGGAUAGGUGGUGAAAUAAUCAGUGCAGAUUCUAUGCAGGUGUAUAAAGGCUUGAAUAUAUUGACGAAUAAAGUGACAGAAGAGGAGAAGGAUGGAGUGGUGCACCAUCUUCUUGACUUUGUCGAACCUCCCAGAACUUAUACUGUCGUUGACUUCAGGAAUGAAGCUUUGCCGAUUAUGGACAGAUUGUUGGAGCAGAAGAGGAGCCCUGUAAUCGUGGGGGGCACCAACUACUACAUUGAGUCUCUUCUCUGGAAAGUUUUAGUUGCUGAUAAAACCAAAGAAAACAGCACAUAUGAAAGUAAAGAAAUGGAAAAUCUGGCCUUCAGACUGGGCUUGAGGCCGAUGUCUGGCAAUUCAAAGCGCAAAUCUGAUGAAACAGAUAAAGCCCCCUUGGAUGCUAAGGGGAGAUUUGUGUUGACAGUGAGAGAAGUGUGCUUCAUGUUUGGAUAUCCAGGGAAAAUUAUAGAUUUAUUCUAUGACAGACUAAAAACCUGCAAAGAGGAUGUUGGUAAGAUACUUGUUAUCAAAAAUCUGAACAAUAUAAAUGACAAUGCUGACAUGACCAAUGUUGAUGACAAUCUAGACAAUAUUGAUGAUGAGCGUUGUCCCACAUGUCAAUCAAUGAAGAAGACUAUUGUUGAGGUGGCUGAUUUGAAACAGCAAACCGAAGGUCUGGUUGAAAAGUGGCAGUCAUCCAACCCCUCACUGGACCUUGGUGGCAUUCUGAAAAAUUGUCACAAUGUGGACCUGAAAAUGGUGUCUGCAGUUGAAGAAUCCCUGAAGGAUGUUCACCGCCAACUCAGCGAUUUGCUUGUACCCUGGGUCCAGAGGCUGGAGGCCGAGUUUGGCAAAGAUUUCCGUCUGGAAAUAGACGUCGAGGAUAUUCCUUCUCCCGACUUGCAUAAAUACCUCAGCCAAGUCGAUCAACAGCGAGCUAUUUACAUGCAUCCUAAUAACAAAAGGAAAAUUAUCAGGUAUGUUUGAAUCUCCUCACCCAAC